AUGCUCGUACUCGCGCUUGCCCCUUGUGAAUUAUGUUUGAAAGUAUUCGGACUGAAUCUGCUCGUAUUCGUACUCGCACUCGUCCCUUGCGAAGUGUACUAUUUGAUCGUGCAGGAAUUACUCUACAUAAUUCAAUGCCGAGGACCCACUACUGGACACUCCUUGGAAUCUCUUCACCACGCAGUCGUCGCCGAGUCUUGGAGUCCAGAGGUCGUGGAAACGCGACUGGACAGCAGAAGCAUUGAGACGCCAGCCUCUGCCGGUGCCGUCCCCUGGAUGGCUUUGAUGGCAGUGGCUCUGGCGCUGCUCUUGGCUGUUUACUGGAAGCGUAAACUCUUUGGAUGCGAUGACCUUGAUCGUGAGGAAGAGCACCUAGAAGUGCCCACUGUGGAUUUAACUCUGAAAACCGAGGAUCUGGAAUGUUCUGAGGAGGAGGAGGAGGAGGAGGAGGAGGACCUUGACAGCUCUGACGAUGAGAUCGACGAUAUGGACGUAGAUGAGGAGGAGGAGGAGGUAGAAGACUCUGACAGCUCUGAUGAUGAGAUCGACGAUGAGGAAGUAGAGGAGGAGGAGGAGGAGGAGAAAGAAAAAUUCGACAGCUAUGAUGAAAAUGAGGAGGAGGAGGAGGAGGUGGAAGAACUUUAUAACUCUGAUGAUGAUGAUAAUAACCAAGAGAAAGAGGAGGAGGAGGAGGAGGAAGAACUGGACAGUUCGGAUGAAGAUGAAAAAAUUUCUGGAACAGAAGAUCUCGAAACCACCGAGGAAGAGGAGGAGGAGGAGAAUGAACUGGAACGCCAGUUGAACGAUGCGAAGAAAGACAUCGUGAGGCUUCAGGACCAAAUUUUGGAAAAGGAUCUUCUGAUCGAAAAGAAAGCAGCUGAGGAAACCGAAAUGAAGAGAAAAAUCGAAGUUCUGAACAUCGAAAAGGAACACGUACAGUAUGAAAAGCAAGAGCUCGAAAAGGAUUGUGUACUGGCUUUAGGACUAGUCGACAUCAUGGAAAACGUGAAUGACGAAUUGAUGGCUCAAAUAACGUCUCUGGAGAAUGAACUGGAGCAGAAAGAUCACUUCUUGAUGAAGAGAGACGUUGAAGAAAGAGAACUUCGAAGCGUUUUCGAGCAAACGAUCGUUGAGAAAGACAGGGAACUGGAGAGCACUUUGGAGAAGGCAAAUGAAGAGCGCCUCAGACUCACAAUUCUAGAAAAUCAGAUUUUGGACAUGAAAGCGGCCUACUUAGAUCUCCAGCAACAACAAGAGGUCACUCAGGUGGAAAAGUCGAGGUUUGAGGAGCUGGCUACUUGCUACAAAGGCCAACUUGAAACGGUACACAAAAAUGUAUCGCAGCUUGAAGACGAAAAUUAUGAACUCGAGAAGAACCUCGCAAAUGAGACCCAGAUAAAUCUCAGCCUUCAGAAUGGGGUCCUGAUACUAAAUGACAGAGUUCAGUCACUACAAUCAGCGUUGCGCCAUAAAGAAUCUCAAUUGGUCUCAGCAACAGAAACUCUAAACACUGAAAGAGCGAAAAAUGAGAUCACUGGUGCAGAACUUGAAGUCAUGAGGAAUUGGGUAUCAGAAUUAGGAGGUGAGAAUGCCAAGAUUACAGAAGAAUUAGGAGAGGCAAUCUUGGCAAUUAAUUCCCUGAAGAAAGAGUUAGGAGAAGAACUGAAGAAGGCCGAAAUCCUGAGGAAUAAAGUCCAGGCUAUGAGGAACUGGGUAACUGAAUUAAGAGGACAAAAUAACAGGAUGAAAGAAGAUUUAGAAGAUAAGUGCCUGGACAUUACUUUACUUUCGAAAAAAUUAGGAGACGAACAGAAGCAGACCCAAAUUCUGAGGGAUGAAGUCCUGGUAAUGAGGAACUGGGUUUCCGAAUUAGGAGGAGAAAACGCCACGGUCAAGGAAGCCUUAGAAGAAGCACUCCUAGAAGUUACCUCACUCAAGAACUCUUUAGCAAACGAGGAAAGGAAUGCUCUCCAUCACAGGAGUGAAAUGGAGACCCUAUUGAAAGAAGAAAGGAAAAGAGGCGACGAGAUGGAGACAUCCCUGAGAAUUGUAAAAGUUGAGCUCCAUAGCAAGCAACAGCAGAUAGAGAAUUUCGUAAGUGCAGAACAAAAAUUGAUACAUGAGAAACAAGAACUGGAAGACAAACUAGAAGUUGCCCUCAAUCGCGGAAAUGAGCUCGAGAGAGAGAGCAGUGAAAUGAGACUGCAUUACCAGGAGAAGCUCAAGGAUAAGGACAAUGAAAAGGACAAGCUAAAAGAACGGGAGGAACAGCUGCAAAAGAACUUGGAAAGUGCCAUGUGCCAACAACAGAACUUGGAGUCUUCUUUAAAGCUUGCAGAAAGAGAUAUCUGCUCUUUGAAGAAGUCAGAAAACACAAACCUCCAAGAACUGGAACACCUUAGGGAAGAAUUUGAAAGAUUGAGAGAAAAGUGCAGGAUGCAAGACGAAACUAUAAUUAAAGAACGAAAACGCGUCAGGGAGCACCUAAGGAUGCAGGAGGAAGAGCUGAGAAAUCAUGAUAAGUACAUGUUAAUGGCACUCCUCCAUGGUACUGCUCAGAGAAACUUCUAUCUGGAACACAUUGCACUGGAAAAUAGAAAGAAAGACCUGGACAAUGAAACCCUGAAAAACAGUGAAGAAGAAAACAAGAGCCUGGACCAAGAAGAGAACCUACAACAACAGCUGCAGAAAGUAGAAGAGGAUCAGUACAGGGAGUACUGCAAUGCCCAAAGAGAGAAGAAAAACUAUGGAAAGCAGUGGGAGGUCCUCACGCAGAUGGUGGAGGAUUUAAUUGAGGGAAAUGACCAAAAAAAAACUGCUGAGGAAGCAGUAAACUCUAAACUUUCGGAUUAA